AUGAGUGGCUUGGGUGCAGAAAAUCGUAGCCUGCAAAGAUCUCAAAGCGAACGGAUCAAGGAAAGGGCUAGAGCAUUAAUGAAGCGGAUGGAUAUACGAUCGUCUAGCCGCCGUCGUAAACAACAGCAAAACAAUGAACAUAACUUUGAUCCCCAUGAAAUGGUUAUCGGAGAGCCGGUGCUGGUGUCUCAUUAUUCAGCUAGUCCACAUUCGAUGAGAAUAUAUCCAGAUACUCUUCUUAAUUCAAAGGCUUUUCGGCAUAUGGUUUCCAGCGUUUCGCCGGUCAGUGCACUUGGGAAUGACGAUGAGGCGAGACAUGAUUCGGCCGUUGGGGAAAGACGAGACUCAGGGGUUGGGUCUAGCUUAUCGAGGUCCCCGAGGUCGGAUUUUAUAUCACUAAUAGGGAACGGUGGCACUAGCAACGGCGGCAUUGUAAAAAAUUGGGCUGUUCAAAAGUUUAGACGAAAACUUCGUAGUUCUGACCUUAAGCCAUCUAAAGGUAAUCUGUCCAUAUUUGGGCUUUCGUUGACUACGGUACAGAGUCUUACGGGUCUCGUUUUGCCGCGAAGCAUUUUGGAAAUAAUGCAGUUCCUUCGCACAGCUGCAUCUGAUACUAUCGGUAUUUUCCGUAAAAAUGGAGUUCGUUCUCGUAUAAUGGAACUACGUGCUAUGUGUAGUGUACAGCCUGGAGAAGAAGUUUUUCCAAAUGGCAAAGGCCUCGAUUUGACACAGGUGCACGAUAUCGCUGACAUGCUAAAACAGUACUUUCGAGAAUUACCUGAGCCACUGAUGACAUCAGGGGUUUUUGAUUACACUACUUUUCUCACUUCUGUAAAUAAUCUUUCACUUCAACACGCAUUGCUGCUUCUGCCUGAUGAAAAUCGGGAAGCACUUCAGACUUUACUGUUCUUCCUUCACGACAUCGCAAAACAUUCCGCUAUGAAUAAUAUGAAUUCUCAGAAUCUUGCUGUCUGUUUCGCUCCCUCACUUUUCCAUCUGGGUGUUUCUCGUCUGAAUGCGAUCAGCUCUACGAGCCGCCAUAAAACCAUUGGAGCAGCGGGAAUGCCUACUGAGCGAGAGAUGAAGGAGUCGCGUGCCGCGCAAGAGUGCCUCGUUCAGAUGAUUGAUGAUUGCGUUAAGCUUUUUAUCACUCCAUCUGUAGGACAACAGUUUGACCAGGACCUCGAUUCAAGUGGUCUUGAUACGGACAUUUUAUCGCUGACGGAGUUUAAUUCAACGGAUAGGAAUUCUCCUAAAAAUUACCUACAGCAGUCUUCUCUAGAUUUGCUGAAGGAACACCGAGAUCGAUGGAAGGGUUGGUAUGUAGAAGGUUCAGUUAACGGGAUAGAAGUUUCUAGCAAGAAAUCGGUUGACAGAAAUUCGCUUAGAUACUUUAGAGUGUGGGUUGAGGUCGAAGCUCCACCAAAAGAAAUUCUCACGAGAAUACUUUACGUUAAUUUCACUCUUUCAACGAAUUUGUGGGACAAGCAGACAAUAAACUGGCGCACCUUGCAUUCGUUGCCAAAUAGUAAUUUUGACGUGUUCCAGUAUGUAAUAAACGACACUCCUUCACAUCCAACUAGAGAUGUUGUUGUUAUGAGGUUAUGGCGCACGGACAUUAAAGAUCUUCGUGGCGGAUGCACUCUCGUUGAAAAAUCGGUUCACACUCACGAAUCCCAACUACUUGGAGGUAUUCCUGCAACGGUGUUUUCCUCGCGUUUCCUAGUGGAACCAAGUUCUGGUCGUUCAAGAGUGACAUACAUUAGCCGAGUAGAUCUUAGAGGACGCAGCAAUAUUUGGUAUCGAAAAGUUUAUGGCAAUCUUCUUGCUCGCCAGAUGGCACAGCUUCGUGAUUCGUUCAGACAACUAAAUCGUACUGUUGACGGGCCAGAAACCAAAAUUUAA